AACAAAGUUAAUUGUUCCAAAGGAAUUAAAUUUAAUCCAAGAUCGACCCGAUCAUAUGGCUAAGCGAUUCAUCAAAACAAGUUCAUCAUCAGGUUUACCUAAUCUUGAAUCAUCAUCAAGCCAACAAUCAUUAACUGUUUUAACUGUAUCCUUAUGUUUCACUGUGUUUGCUGCUUUAAUUGCUGGAUUGGUUUUAUUUGUAAUCAAACGUAAUCAAAAUUUACGAAAUAAAUUACGUAAUUUAAUUGGUUCCAUCGGUUCAGCUGAAGAAGGUACCGAAGCAGCUUCAGAUUAUGAGGAUCUUUGUCGUCAACGGAUGCAGGGUAAAAAUCGUAAGAAAUCCGAUAAAGAUGAAGUUAAAUCUCCAAAGGGUAAAGUGACUUCUCUUGGAAGUGGAGUGGUUGGAGUUAUUGGAAGUGGCGGUGGAAGUGAUUCCAAGACAGGAAAAACUGGAACUGACAGUAAAUCAGUUGACUCUGGACCUGAACCAUCACCACCAUCAAGAUCAUCAACCUCAUCAUGGAGCGAGGAACCGAUCACUUCAAAUCUUGACAUAUCAACUGGACACAUGAUAUUAAGCUACAUGGAAGAUCAUAUGAAAAAUAAGGACCGACUUGCAAAGGAGUGGGAAGCCCUUUGUGCAUACGAGGUUGACCCUUGUUCAACAACCGCCGCCAUGUUACCUCAAAAUGGAUCAAAGAACCGUUACUCUGAUGUACUUCCCUUUGACCAUUCCCGAGUAAUUCUCAAUGAUUUAGCUAAUCCAAACCGUUCUGAUUAUAUUAACGCCUCCACCAUCACAGACCAUGAUCCUCGGUCACCGGUUUACAUUGUCACCCAAGGACCAUUACCUUCAACCGUAGCUGAUUUCUGGCAAAUGGUUUGGGAGCAAGGAUCGGUUAUUAUUGUUAUGCUAACCCGACUCUUGGAAAAUGGUGUUGGCUCAUCGGCAAGAUACUGGCCUGAAGAAGGUUCCGCUUUACACUCAAAUUUUGAGGUUCAUCUUGUCUCAGAGCACAUUUGGUGCGAUGAUUAUCUGGUUCGAUCUUUCUUCCUAAAGAAUAUAAAAACUAAUGAAACCCGAACAGUGACACAAUUCCACUAUCUAUCUUGGCCUGAGAAUGGUGUUCCACCCAAUCCAAGAUCACUAUUGGAAUUCCGAAGGAAGGUCAACAAGUCAUAUCGAGGUCGAUCCUGUCCAAUUGUUGUUCACUGCAGCGAUGGAAUAGGUCGAACGGGCACUUAUUGUCUAAUUGACAUGGUCCUAAAUCGAUUAGCCAAAGGAGCCAAAGAGAUCGACAUCGCUGCUACACUGGAACACAUUAGAGACCAACGAGGAGGAAGCGUCAAGUCAAAGGCCCAAUUUGAGUUCGUUCUCGAGGCCAUUGCCGAGGAGGUUUCGGCCAUUCUCAAGACACUUAAGCCCAAUUGAUGGAGGAGAUAAAUUGAUUACUGUUGGUAGAUUUGAACAAUCAAAUCGAUUCACCUUCAUGUUUACCAGAUAUUCACUGAUUAUGAUUAUUAUCACCACCACAACAACACCGACAUCAUCAUCCUGAUCAUCACAAUCAUUAAUAAUUCAUCAACAGAGUCUUUGGUUAAAGUAAAUGUUGGAUUUACAUUAUGACCGAUGGAAGGAGUUUAAUAACAAUUUUCCCUGUUCAACAAUUAAUCAACAAACAGAAUUGUCAUCAGUCAUCAUUUGUCUACCUUUGGAAGCUUUUAAUGAAACAUCCCGAAAGGAACAUCAGUUAAUCGGAUUUGGAAAAGUCAACAAGCAUCAUCAUCAUUUUCAUCAUCGUCGUCAACAAAAUGAAACAACAAUCAUCAGAAAAUUGCUAAUUAGCGAUCAUAUGAUUUAACUCCUUUUAUCUUUAUUGUUUUAUCUUAUUUCUUGUGUUCCUUUAAUUUCCUCAUUAAUCUCAUUGAUUAUCUAUGGUGACAAAUUUUACCUUUUACCUGAUUUAAUGUAAAAAACAAAACAAAACAAAAGAAACAAAAUGUCAAUGAGUUAAUGAAACUUAAUCUAAAUCAUCAAAUGUCUGUGUUGAGAUGUUUAAUUAACAUUCUUCUUAAAGUUUCCCUUUUAUCGUUAA